UCAGAAAUGUGAGUUCCCUGCUUGUUUUCACAGGGAGUUUCAUGUCUUGUUUCUUGCAUCACCACAGCUUCAAGACAGCCAUGCCCACUCCUUUUUCUCCCUGCACUGUUUAGUUAUGACUUCUCAGUGCUCUGCAAUCCAGUAUCAGUCAGAAUCUUGCUGCAAUUCACUUUAUUACUCACCGAUUUUAAUUACACAGCUCACACAACCUUCCAAACUGCCUCCCCCGCUGCCUAGGGACUUUGUCCUGCCAGGACCAAGCCAUAAGCAGUAGUUCCUUCCUCAUGGGCAGCUCAUUUCUCAAAUGCUGGUCACUGCCUGACUACAACCACACCUCAGACCAUGACCAAGAAGACACAAUUUUAUCAGCCUGUGACAGCAUCAAGCAGGGACAAGUCUGACAGGGGUUGUGAGCCUUAGUGCCAUGCAGCCUCAGUGCUGCAGGAGAGCUCUUGGGGAAACAAAAAAAAAGCGCCACAGCCUAAAUUACAUGUUAAUCACAGAGUGUAUUCACCCCAUUCCCAGUGCUCCAGAACUGGCUGUACCGAGACAUCACAACAGUCUCUCAGAAAACUCCAUCCCCAGCCAGGAUCCACCCUGCCAGCCAGGGCUGCUGGUAGACACUUGCCCGUGGCCGCAGCUUCGCUCUUGUCCGAUGUCACUGUCGGGAUUUGAAGGCCGUGGCCGCCAUGCCCCCCAGCAGGGCGGCGAAGGUGCAGCCCUGGGCUAUGACACGCGCCCGCAUCAUCAGCUGGGAGCGCCGAGUGUUGCCUUUCUUGAAGCAGAUGAUUCCGUAGACCAAGACACUGACGGUGCACAGACAGCCUGCGAGGAAGGACGAGGGCCGUGAGGAGCGGCUUCCCCCACACUCCCAAACCCGGGCCGCGCUUCCCGGGGGCAGCCGGCCCGGGGCUGAGGGACCGGCCCUCACCAGCGGCCAUCGCGCCGGCCCGCGCCCCUCACUCCGCCUCCGUCCCGUCACCCCCCGCCCCACCCUCACCGAGGGGCACCAGGGGGUUCUCGCGGGUCUUGCGCAGGAACUUGUCCGCGAAUCCCUCCUCAGGGAACGUGGGCAGCGGGCUGGGCUCCAGCGGCGGGGGCGGCCCGGCCGCCAUGGCCAAGGUGACAGCAAGGCCCUUUCCGGCUGCCGUAGCCCCUCCUCCGGAGCAGUGCAUGCCGGGGGUUGCAGUCCGACGCGCGCACUUACCGUGCGGCGCUGCUGUCUCGGAACUACACUUCCCGUGGUGCCCCGGGCCGGCGUGGCAGCCCCGUGGCCAGCCCGCGCGUGUCCGCCAUGCCGAAGGCCAAGGGGAAGAGCCGGCGGCACAAAUACUCCUACAACCUCAACCGCAAGCGGCUCUACCGCAGCGCCCGCCGCCGCGCCGCGCCCCGCAUCGCCUGGGGAUGGAAGUGGAAAGUGAUGGACAACAGCCAGGAAAGAAAAUAGUGCGGAAGCCGUACGUGGUGAAUGAGAUGGAACUGGAGGCCAGCCUCCCUGAGAAGAAGUCGAACACACUCUCACGGGACCUCAUUGACUAUGUGAGAUACAUGAUCCAGAACCACGGGGAGAACUACAAGGAAAUGGCUCGGGAUGAGAAGAACUACUACCAGGAUACUCCCAAACAGAUAAAGAGGAAAAUCAAUGUGUACAAGAAUUUCUAUCCCGAGGAGUACAAGAAUUUCAUUGCAUCACUCAAGCCAGAAAAAAUGGAAGUGCAGUGACUGUUCUUUUUCCUCAGGUUUACCUGCAAGUGAAGGCUUGAAAUGAAUAUUUUCCAAACUGAAAAAGCCUCUGGGGAUGGAGGAAGAACCUUCACUAGGCAGAGAGGGUUUUACUCUCCAUGAAAGACUCUUGGCACUGGCACUGACUGUGCUGUUCUGCUCACUUUCUGUGUGGCAGCCAGCAUUUCUUCAGCUUUGCUAAAAUAAAGUACUCUUUCUA